AUGGGGCUGGCCCUGCUUCCCAGGGGGUUCUGUGGGGCUGAUCCUGCUUCCUGGAGCUGCUCAGGGGGUCUCUAUGGGGGUCUCUAUGGGGCCAGCCCCACAGCCGAGGGCAGAGGCAGCUCCCGGCAGCCUCCCCUCGCCGUGUGUGUCGCGCAGAACUCGGUGACGCGCAGCGCGCCGGUGAACAGCGACAGCCAGGGCCGCUGCGGCGCGCGCUUCCUCACCACCUACGACAGGAGGUUCGUCAUCAAGGCGGUGUCCAGCGAGGACGUGGCGGAGAUGCACAACAUCCUCAAGAAAUACCACCAGUUUCUUUAUCAGGGCUCAACAGUAUCCAGGGAAGCAAGUGACAAGGAGAAGGCCAAGGAUCUCCCAACCUUCAAGGACAACGACUUCUUGAAUGAGGGUCAGAAGCUGCACGUUGGAGAAGACAGCAAAAAGAACUUCCUGGAGAAGCUGAAGCGGGACGUGGAGUUUUUAGCCCAGCUGAAGAUCAUGGAUUACAGCCUGCUGGUGGGCAUCCACGACGUGGACCGGGCCGAGCAGGAGGAGAUGGAGGUGGAGGAGCGGGCAGAGGACGAGGAGUGCGAGAACGACGGGCUGGGGGGGAACCCCAUCUCCUCCUACGGGACCCCCCCCGACAGCCCCGGCAACCUCCUCAACUACCCCCGCUUCUUCGGGCCCGGCGAGUUCGACCCCUCCGUGGAUGUGUACGCCAUGAAGAGCCACGAGAGUGAGUGGGGGCGGCUCUGGGGGAGGGAUGGAGGGCAGGGAAGGUGUGCAGGAAGGUGUGAGGGAGUUGUGGGGAGCUUUGAGGGAGCUGAAUUGGAAGGAAAAUAG